UCUCUUCAUUAUAAAUAUUCAAUGAGGAUUCAACGUUAUCAAUCUCAACCAGUUCCGAGUGACCGUUUUAAAAAUAAGAUAAAUCGCAAAUACGAGGCUUAUCCUAAAUUCUGGUCUAGUUAUUACGGUAGUCACGUUGAAGAAUUUGAAUUUUACGAAUAUGAUUAUGUACGUGUAUAUGGAUCGUCCAAAAUUGGAAAUAUUAUUAAUUACAUAGAAAACUAUGAGAAGUCUGAAUCUAGAGUUUUGGAAGAGGAUGAAUUAUUAGGAGUCCGAAGGAAUUUUUCGAUAUACGUUAAUGAUUCAGAGGUUACAUUCACAAUGACGACUUUAAUACACCC